AUGCGUCUCCUCGAUGUCAGUUCCUUGAGGCUCGUUCAAUUCAACGAUGACCGAGCCGUCGAAGGUGCUUAUGCCAUUCUUUCGCAUACAUGGGACACUAACCCCAAGAACGAGGUUUCCUAUAAAGAUUUGAAACGAGACAAGACGGUCGAUGAGUUCGCCAGACGCAAGGCCAAAGACAAGGCCGGAUUCUCGAAAGUCGAUCAUGCCUGUCGACAAGCGCAAAAGGAUGGCUACAAGUACAUCUGGAUCGACACCUGCUGCAUCAACAAAGACAGCUCCGCCGAGCUUUCCGAGGCCAUCAAUUCAAUGUAUCGAUGGUAUGCCAACGCUGGAAUCUGCUAUGCUUAUCUGUCUGAUGUGUCCACCGAAAAAGUCACUGCAGACAAGGCGAAGCUGGAGGCAAAAUUAUCCAAGGCGAAAUGGUUUGAGCGUGGAUGGACUCUACAAGAACUCAUCGCACCUUCCGCGAUGCAAUUCUUCGAUCGAGAUUGGCGUAAAUUCGGAGCCAAGACGGAUCUGACAGACAUUAUCUCAAAUAUCACUGGCAUUGAUCGCACCAUUCUCUUGAACAGGGAUUUGCUUGGAUCAGCGUGCAUUGGCACGCGAAUGUCAUGGGCCGCCAAACGACAGACGACCCGCAUAGAAGACGAAGCGUACUCUCUACUGGGCAUCUUUGGUGUCAAUAUGCCAAUGAUAUAUGGCGAAGGUCCGCGAGCAUUCCUAAGACUGCAGGAGGAAAUCUUGCGGCGGUCUACAGAUAUUUCGAUCUUCGCGUGGCUACCCUGGAAGCCCGACACUCGCGGUGUGCUUUUCGCUCCUGGUGCGAAAGGCUUCGAGCGCUGCGGAAAAGUCUAUCCAGCUGCGGACAUGACUGGUGGGCGAGCCUUUGAGCUGACCAACAAAGGCUUGCGUAUCUCUCUGCGAGUUUCCGACAUGGGCGAUCAUUACUUGGCCAGUCUUGUAUGCGUACACCCUCAGCACCCUAAGCGAGAUUUGUCUGAAACUCCGCAAGCAUGGGUCUCCAGCAGAGGCAGGCCUCGCGAUGGACUCUUUAGUGUGUGA